AGCGAGAGCCGAGAGGCGAGGGGCUUUGGUUUCGGCGUCCAUCGUCAUCCGAAUCACCCUCUCCUGUGUCCUCUCCCUCUCCCUCACCGCGCGAGUACACAACGAGAGCCUCGCCGCCACGGCGCCACGCAAGCGAUAAACCCUAGCGCGAGCGAGCGAGGGAGGGAGACAGAGAGACCUCAGCGCCCCCACGCAGCGCGGCGCGGCCCGGCGGCAUGGAGAGCCUCGUCCUCGCCUCCUCCUGCUCCGCGUCCCCACGCCUCCCCGUCCUCUCCGCCGCCGCCCGCUUCCGCGGGCUCCCCGGCGCCGCGCCGCCGACCGCGGCCUCCACCGGCGGCGCCGCGCGGGGAGGGGCGAGGAGGCCCAGGCUCCUCGUCGCGGCGGCGGCUCCUCGCGGAUCCAGGAACGCUUUCGAGGGAUUGAGAGCAAAAGGCUUUGCAAGCGUGUCGUCUUCGACCAGCAAUGAGAAUACGUCUACUGGAACCGGUACCCUGCCUCCCAUGCCUCCCCCGUCAUCAUACAUUGGUUCUCCUGUCUUCUGGAUUGGAGUUGGUGUAGCAUUGUCUGUGGCGUUUACCACGGUCUCUUCCAUGGUAAAGAAAUAUGCCAUGCAGCAAGCAUUUAAGUCAAUGAUGUCCCAGUCACCAUCAAACUCAUUUGGCUCCAACUCCCCUUUCCCAUUUGCCAUGCCGCCACAGGCAGCUCCCACUGCACCAAGCAGUUAUCCUUAUCCAUACUCAGUACCAAAGAAAGAUACCUACCCACAGGCUGCAACUGUUGAUGUCUCGGCUACUGAAGUUGAAGCUGCUGGAACAUCAAAAGAGGCGGAUGUGGCUGAAACACCGAAACCUUCAAAGAAAUUUGCAUUUGUCGAUGUUUCUCCUGAAGAGUUGCAGCAAAAGAACCUCCAAUCUUCACUGGAGACCGUAGAUGUAAAAAGUGAUAGUACAGAUAGUGAAAGUAAGGAGGAUACUGAGCGAGAAGUUCCCACAAAUGGAGAGGCUUUUAAGCCAAAUGAAGGUGCUGCUCGUGGACCAACUGAAUCUAGCAACUCAGGACCUAUGCUAUCUGUUGAGACAAUCGAGAAAAUGAUGGAAGAUCCAGCUGUGCAGAAGAUGGUGUAUCCCUACUUGCCCGAAGAGAUGAGGAACCCAGAUUCGUUCAAGUGGAUGCUGCAGAAUCCAAUGUACCGCCAACAACUACAGGAUAUGCUAAAUAACAUGGGUUCGUCUCCUGAUCAAUGGGAUAACCGCAUGGUUGAUCACCUGAAGAACUUUGACCUUAGCAGUCCAGAAGUGCGACAGCAGUUUGCGCAAGUUGGCAUGACUCCGGAGGAAGUAGUAUCGAAAAUAAUGGCAAACCCAGAAGUCGCUGUUGCAUUCCAAAAUCCAAAAAUCCAGACAGCCAUCAUGGAUUGCUCGCAGAACCCUCUUAACAUUGUGAAAUACCAAAAUGACAAAGAGGUCAUGGAUGUUUUCAUGAAGAUAUCACAGAUCUUCCCUCAAAUUAACGGCUAGUGGAUCUUCAUUGCGAGAUUGCAGUUUUGAUUUUUAGGGCCCACCGUCUCGUGUCCAAAGGGCUGCUGUAGCAUCUGUCUAAGAGAAAGGAACAGCUGUUGGGUGAUGAUGCUCCAGGUAUACCCUCCCUGUGCCAAGCUUUUGGAGUUGCCAAUGUACAUCGUGUCCUUCAUCUAGCGCCUUUUGGUGUAGCUACGAGCCUAUGACCCCUACUUCAUAAAGUCAGGCUAGUCAACGUAACAGGGUCAAAAAUUUCUAUUUACAUCGUUUCGUGCUGACGUUGCAUUGCACGGUUUAUCGUAGGAUGUGAAAGACGCAGGUUCGUAUGACCACAUUUUUGAUACUAUGUUAUUAUCAUGUGUAGUAUGUUAUUAGAGAUAUACUAUGGCGAUGCAAGUAAUCUUGUUCCGACA